AUGACCACGCGCAAACAAUCUCCCCGCCACACCCCAGACAUCUCCCUCCCUGCCUCCUACAACGACACCAGCACGCUCUUUACGCAAAUCCGCACCCAGCACCACGCCGCCAACCCCUCCAUCAUCAUCCUCACGCUCUUCCGCCCCCAAAACCACAAUGCCUUUACCGAUACCAUGCGCGCCGAACUCGAAACCGCUUAUGCCAUGUUCGAUGUCGAUGACCGUGUCAAGUGCGUUGUUGUGACGGGGCAUGGACGCGUGUUUUGCGCUGGCGCUGAUCUUGAGGAGGGGUUUGGGGACGGCGCGUAUGGGGAGGGGGCUGAGGGUGUGGCGGAGCAUAGGGAUGGGUUUGGGAAGAGGAGUUGUACAGGCGGCCGCGUAUCCCUCGCCAUCCAUCACUGCCGCAAACCCAGCAUCGCCGCGAUCCAAGGUUCCGCCGUAGGCGUCGGCAUCACCAUGACGCUGCCAAUGAACAUCCGGAUUGCAGCGGCGAGCUCGAAAAUCGGGUUUGUAUUUGCGCGGCGCGGCAUCGUCAUGGAGGCGUGCUCGUCGUUCUAUCUGCCGCGGCUGAUCGGGUACUCGCGCGCCAUGCAGGCGGUGACGACGGGCAGCACGUAUGCGGCGACGCACAAGGUGUGGGACGGCUUAUUUGCGGACGUGUGUGAGAAGCCCGAGCAGGUGCUGCCGCGGGCGCUUGAGAUUGCCGAGGAUGUUGUGCGCAAUACGAGUAGUGUGAGUACGUACCUGAUGAAGGAGUUGAUGUACAGGGACCGGGGGAGCCCCGAGGGCCAGCAUUUGCUGGAUAGUAGGAUCAUCUAUGAGCUGUUUGGGUCGCCGGACAACAAGGAGGGCGUCCAGUCCUUCAUGGAGAAGCGACAGGCAGCCUUUACAGGGACAAUGGAUAACACACGCGUAACUGGAUACCCAUGGUGGGUGCCGGUGGACACGUUAGGAAGGCCAAAAGUAGCGCCUACAGGAGGGCCAAAGAUCUAG